GGAAAUAGGCGUCGCCCUGAGGGGAGGGAUGCGUGUCCGCGUCUGCCAUUGGUCAGCGAUGGUGGGCGGAACCGGAAAUGUGGCGUGGCCACGAGGGCGGAAGCGGUGGGAGCAGCAUGGAGGAGGAGGAGGAGGAGGCGGCGGGAGGGAGGGUGCUCCUGUCCCUCCCCGGGGUCUCUGUCCCUCUGUCCCUCUCCCCACGGCUCCUGCGGGGACGGCUCCGGAUCCUGCAGGGGCCGCGGGACCUGGAGCUGCAAUGGGAACCCCUGGAGGAGCCCUGGGACAGCCCCGGAGACCCCGCCCCCCCUGACCCCGGGUUCGAGCCCGACUGGGCCGUGCUGAGCCCCCCCCGCACCUGCACAGGUUGGGCCGGGGGUUUCGGGCUGUGCCUGGGGGAGCUGCGGGGGCUGCGCCGGAGCCCCCCCGGGCUGAGCCCCCCGACCCUGCUGCUGCUGCCCCGGGGGGGGACACCCGGCCCACCCCCCCUGCACCUGCCCCGGGGGGGGCUCCCAAAAAUCCUGCGCACCUUGGGCUCCCACCUGCGCCCAUGAGUCGCUCCCCGGAAAGGGACGGAACGCAGCCACACCCCCACCAACCCCCCCCCCCUCCAAAAAACAACAACAAAAAAAAAAAAUCCCAAAAAUCAUGGAAAUGUCACCCAAAAAAUCAUGAAAAAUGUCACCCCAAAAAAUCAUGGAAAUGUCACGAAAAAUCCUGAAAAUCAUCACCCAAAAAUCUGAAAAAUGUCACCCUAAAAUCAUGGAAAUGUCACCCAAAAAUCAUGGAAAUGUCACCCUGAAAUCAUGGAAAUGUCACCCCAAAAAUCAUGGAAAUGUUACCAAAAAUCCUGAAAAACGUCACCCAAAAAUCUGAAAAAUGUCACCCAAAAAUCACGGAAAUGUCACCCAAAAAAUCAUGAAAAAUGUCACCCCAAAAAUCAUGGAAAUGUCACCAAAAAUCCUGAAAAACGUCACCCAAAAAUCUGAAAAAUGUCACCCUAAAAUCAUGGAAAUGUCACCCUGAAAUCAUGGAAAUGUCACCCCAAAAAUCUUAA